GGAAAAGGAGCCAUAACUAAAGAAUAUGUGGCCAUUUUAAUGGAUUACAUAGCUAACUGGAAAGCACUUGUGGGGAUUCAUUUUGCAAGUUACUCCAGAAGCCAUCGGUUUCUUAUCUGCUGUUGGUGUCUUUAUUGUUCUACUGGCAAUUCUCUUCCUCUUCAUCAACAAGAAACUGUGUUUUGAAAAGAUAGGGGGUCUUCCAUGUUUGGAACAUCGAGGAAAGAGAAAACGCUCCAGGGGCAAAUCUGGGGUUCAUGAGAGACUGGCUCACGUAAUCACGGCAUACCUGCAAAACUGAACUUCUGGAAUUUGUAGUCUUCAGGUCAUGGUGUUGACCAUGGCUUCUCAAGAUGCCCAGAACUUCUUCCAGCCUCUUUCUUCUUGGAUGUCACGGGUGUAUGAAACUGUUCAACAAAUUGGAGAUACUUUAUCUGCUUCCUUCGUGAAUUUAAGUAAGCAGAAUCCUCAGUUAAAUGGUGAACUGGACUCAAAGGUGAAUGAUGAUGAUGAUGUUAAAGAGAGUGAUUUGGAAGAUGGAGCAAAACAAGACAAUGCUCAGACCCAGGAUUGCAUGGACUCUGUAUUGCUUGAAACUAAUCAUUUCUCUGUGGGAAGUUAUAAUACUGAUUUUUGGGAUCUGAAACAAAGCCCCCUUGGGGACUCUAGUUCCAUAGCAUCCCAACAACCCCAUCCCACCUAUCAUAAUCCAAAGCAGCCACCCAGGCUUUCUCCUGUUCUUGAGAAAAGUUGCCAUCUUGAAAAGCCAAGCCAGAAUCUUCAAUAUGGCUUUGAGAAUCAAGCUCCUGAAUCUUUAGAAAACAUUAAUGGAGAAGAGCAAGUUAACAGUUAUGGAGAAGAUGAAGAGCUAUCCACAUCUUCUGACAGUGAUGAAGAGAUGAUCAAGCAAUUUGAGAUCUCUGUAUCCCGCUCACAAAGCUUCCGCUCAGGAGUACCUGAAAAAGGAAUGCAAGCAAGUUCAGAGAGAAAGACAAAAUUUAAUCACUUACUAUCUGCUCAUGAAGAGAAUAGUACAGAAGCAUCUGAAUGUGAAGAUUUAGACUUAGAUAGAUUGAGCCAACCAAGCUACCAAGAUAAUAUUUCUUUUGGUGAAUAUGAUCACAUUUCUGUGGAUUCAAGGACUGCAUCUGAGAAUAGGGAUGUUGGAGAACAAAGAACCAGAGGACAUGAAGCCAUCUUGACUCAAAGUUUUGGUGUGCAAGCCACAGAAAGGAAGCAGGAGACAGAGACAUCCUUUAGCAACCCAGGCUUUGAAGAACCUUAUUCCACUGAUACUUCCUCAGCCUGGAGCCCAGAGGAGUCUGAUGGACUCAAUGCUCCUCAUUUCCCUCCCAGUGCUCGUGAACCCAUCUCAAAAUGUGGGAACUUAGAUGUCAUCUUUGAAUAUGAUCUUUCCAGCCAAAAGCUUGCAGUGACUGUUGUAAAGGCCCAGGACAUUCCAGAUAAAGAUCGGAGUGGUGCUGAUGCAUGGCAAGUCCACAUGGUCCUGCUUCCCAAAAAGAAGCAGAGGGGGAAGACAAGUGUUCAAAGAGGGCCCACCCCGAUCUUCAAAGAGAAAGUAUUCUUUAAUAGAGUGGAGCCUGAAGAUUUGAGGGGCUAUGCAGUCCGGUUCCGUCUAUAUGCUCUACUCAAGAUGAAACGAGAAAAGAUGAUGGGAGAAAAUUUGUUUCACCUUAGCCAGUUGUGCCAAAAACAAAAAAUGAAAGUGACUUUGGUUUUGGAGCCAAGAAGUAAUAUGAGUAGUGGAGAGUCUCAGCUCAGCCUGUCUGCAGUUUCUCACAGUGAUAGUGCUUCAUCCACACAGUCUUUGUCUCAUGGAGGGGUGCCAGAGCUCUUGGUGGGAUUGUCAUAUAAUGCUACAACGGGACGAUUAUCUGUAGAAAUUAUCAAAGGCAGCCAUUUCCGAAACCUUGCUAUUAACAGACCUCCUGAUACUUAUGGGAAACUCUUCCUUCUCAACUCUGUGGGCCAAGAGAUGUCUCGUUGUAAGACAUCCAUUAGAAGAGGGCAGCCAAAUCCCAUUUACAAGGAAACCUUUGUUUUCCAGGUAGCCCUCUUUCAGCUUUCUGAUGUCAUAUUGAUGAUCUCAAUUUAUAAUAGACGUACUAUGAAGCGCAAAGAAAUGAUUGGAUGGAUUUCACUGGGUCAGAACAGCAGUGGGGAGGAAGAACAAGACCAUUGGCAAGAAAUGAAGGAAGCCAAGGGACAGCAGGUCUGCAGGUGGCAUACCUUACUAGAAUCUUGAUCACUUGAACCCAAGGUCAUCUGUCUAAUCUUCCAGAUCACUGCUUGUUGGUAGAUCUCUAGUUGACACAGAAUUUAUCAGACUUUUCUAAGACAACUUGUCCCCCUUUGGAUUUAUAAAUGGAGGCAUUGAAUUUUUACCUUUCAAGGUUUUUAUGUUGAGUUUCUUACUAGACCAAUUAAUUAAUAGAAGUGAGAAAAUCAAGAAGAUGGAAAAACCUGUUUAAACAAUAAUAGUAUCACUGCUGUUCUGUAUUAUCUUGAUCUGAUGUACUUCAAGAUUAAAUCUGAACCAACUGCAUAUUAUUCUGUACACUUUGUCUAUGCUGAUUUUGCCUAAGCUCUCUUUUAUGAUAUUAUUUCCAGCCCUAAAGCAGUUUACACAUAGUAGGAGCUUAACAAAUACUUAUUCUUUUGAUUUAAUUGCUUUGUGAAAAUGUGUAUUUGCCAAUAUUUGAAUGAGUUAUAUUUUCAGGUAGCAUGCGCAGUUUCUGAAAUAUUUCUUCAAACAUUCAAAGUGUCAAUGAUUAUCAUUAUUCAACUGCUUUGCAUUAAGGAAUCUUUACUGAUCAUAAAUACUUACAUUUUGUGAUAGGCAUGCGUCAUGGGUUGUAGACUGUUUCAUCAGGUUAUUAGCAUAAAUGUUGGUUAAAGGCUAUUUUAAAUAUUUUGUUUGUGCAUAUUUAUGUUCCUUUAGUAUCAAAAGGUUUGAUUCCUAUGAUUUUAAAUUGACAAAAUGAAAAAAAAAGAGGUUGUAUGUACCUAAAUUGUAAUUAUUCCAGCUUUUCAUUUGAGUUUAUAUUUCAUUGUUGACUUUUUCCUGUCUCCAGGGUGAUACCUAGUGAACUCUUGAGAUAUUAAAAAUGAAAAGAAAACCCUUUAUAACUUCACAUAGAAUUAUAGAUUAAAAGAAAUACUUUUGAAAACAUGUGAUCCAGGUAUUUUAUCGACCAUUGAUGUGAAACUAAGACAAGAGGUAUUCAAGGUCACACAGAUAGUAAAUAACAGAGCUGAAGGAAGGACCCAGGCUUAUUGACUUCAUACCAUUCAUUCUUUUGCAUGACAUGUCAUCCCUGAAACUGAAAUGAAAGAAAGAAGAGAACAUUAAAUGUCAUGGCUCUCCUGAUAAGGCCCAGGUCAGGUACCAGGCAACUCUACUGUGAAUUCACACUGUUAAUAUCUGCCAUAUAGAACACUGUAUAGCUGUUAAAAAAUUUGAAAAUUAGUUUGCUUUUUUAGGCACUGGGCAGUCAGGUGGCAUGGUGAAUAUAAUUUUGGGCCUGGAGUUAGGAAAUCUCUUCUUCGUGAGUUCAAAUGUGGCCUCAGAUACUCAUUAGCUGGUGAAUAUGGGCAAGUCCCUUAAUCCUACUUGGCUCAGUUUCCUUACCUGAAAAAUGAACUGGAGAAAGAAAUGGCAAGCCACUCUAGUAACUCUACUAAGAAAACCCAAAAUGGGCUCAUGAGGGGUCAAAUAUGAUUAAAAAUUACUGAACUUGUUUUUGAAUGAAAGCAAAAAGGACAAAAAAUAUCCAUUUUCUCUGGUCAUUUUAUUUGAUCUCCAGUUUUCAUUCUAUUUGACUUAUAUUGUUGCCCACUUAUUGAAAGCAUGUAAAGCAAUAAGGCUGCUCUGUGUUUUUAUAUUAGCUUUCCUUGGAAGACUUCAAAGUGGCUUUGCCAAUAUUAUAUCCAUUAAGUGUUGAGUGCCCUAAUUAUUUUGUUUGUGGUAUUAGGAUUUGAUAACUGACUGAAAGUGGAAUUGAGAAGUGAAAGUCAAAUAAGUACUGAAAGUAGAAAGCAAUUGGUUAAGUGGUAACACAAAGACUUUAUCUCAUUUUUAAUAAUUCUUCAGUCUUCAUGUCAUGCUCUUUGAAGGGAAAAAAGCAGUGAUGCUAUGCUUCUCUUAAUAUCUUUACAAAACUGUGGCAUUCACUUUAAAAUUUAUAUCUGUAAAAAUAGCUGCCUUUAUUAGAUAUAUAAUCCUAGCUUUUGGCUAUUUUGUAUUUCAUCACUAAAUUAUUCAAUGCUGUUUAAUAAAUACCUCUUCCUCUGC